UUCUACAGCCUGUUUGAAGUUCCCAGUGUCUCCCAGUCCACGUUCUCCCAGCACUUACAGUUUCUCCUGGCUGAAGCCGAUGAGACUGACAGUAUCCAUGAUGUGACGCUACAGGCUGGAGAACGCACAUUCCCAGCACACAAAUACAUCCUCUCCUUGAGAUCUGACUUCUUCCGAAGAGCAUUCCUGCUGGAGGGCUGCAAAGAAUAUGCUGGAGAUGGUGAGGUGAAGAAAGGGGAAGAUGUGGUGGGCUGUGACCUGCUGGUGCUGGAGAAGGUUCCUCCUGAGAUCUUGGAGCAUGCUCUGUACUUCAUCUACACAGACUCCUGUGAAAUGCUAGUGCAUGGUGCUAGGCCCAGCGUCCCACGCUCCGAUCAGAGCACUGACGCUGAACCCCAGCCUCAUCUAAUCCAUAGUUUGCAAGCAUUAGGGCUGGAGAAGCGCUCUGCUUUGGAUGUCUACUGUUCCAUUCCUGCUAAGGCCUGUGAGGAAGCAGAUAAGCCUAAGAGCAGGAGUACAAAGUCUGGAAAAAAGUGCAAGAACGGUGGGGAAGUUGGACAAAACCCUGUCAAGAUGCUGCAGGUUGUUGCCAAAAAACUGGGCUUGGGGAGUCUCUCAGCACGGCUUGAUGGAGUCAAAUAUGAAAAUGGGCAGAUCAUUUUGGUGCAGAAGAAGGCAAGCAACAAGCCACGAUUCAACCGUAAGAAAAGCUCGUACCUCUGUAACGUCACGCUGAGGUCUGAGGAUGGGAAAGAGUUUCCUUGUCACAAAUGUGUUCUCUGUGCUCGGCUGGAGUACUUUAACAGUAUGCUGGGCAAUCCCUGGAUAGAGGCCACCAGCUGCACUGCACUAGACAUGCAAAUCCCCUCUGAGAUCCUACAGGUUAUUCUGGAGUACAUCUACACUGAUGAGUCCACAACUGUCAAAGAGUCUGUGAAUGUGGAGUUUGUGUGUAAUGUCCUGGUGGUGGCUGAUCAGUUGUUGAUCACUAGACUAAAGGAGAUCUGUGAGGUCACCAUUACUGAGAACUUGACACUGAAAAAUUCAGCUGAAUUGCUGGAGUUUGCCACUGUGUACAAUGCCGAGCAGCUCAAACUGUCCUGCCUGCAGUUCAUUGUCCUUAACAUGGCAGCACUACUGGAAUCCAAAGCUUUGGAGAUCCUGAGCGAUGAUGUUCUGCUUGGGCUGACCGCAGCUUACAGGAAAAUGAUCCCAGCUAUGCAGAGACGUGUCAUCACGCCAUACUCCAACGCCCCCGAUCUCAGCACCUUUGAGGACAGAGAGUGGGACUCUGCUGUGGACUGUAAAAGCGGAUCUGAUCUGGAUCACUCCAGUGAUAAUCUGCUGAAGAAGGCCAAGAUGAGGGCAAAGAGGAAACCACGGCGACGCUCUGACAGCACUGGCAGAUACAACUUGUCUGAUGUCAUACAGAGCUCACCUGUUGAUGUCACCCAGAGCCCACCUAUUCCAGGUUUGAGAUAUUCAGUGAAGGCAAGUUCAGUGGAGUCUCUGCAGGAGCUCGUCACAUCUGACUCAGAGGGCAGUUAUAUGGGAGUGGGUAGCCCUAGAGACCUGCAGUCCCCCAUCUUCCUGGAAAAACCUGAGACACAGGAUAAUCGACAUGGACCAAUAGGAUUAAAAUCACCUCAUGGGAUUCCUGUUUUGGAAAAUGGCAACAUGCCUCAAGUUUCCACCCCUGAAUCUCUCCCUACAGGCAAAGCAAGACCAGUUCCGAUCCUAGACCUCAGGGCCAUCAUGGAGAUGGAGUCCAAUUCGUUAAAUCUGGGCGCCACACCCAAAAGUCUUGGCUCAUUGGGUGGCAGCAGUAAAGUCCCAGUCAUCUCCAGUAAGCUGUCUCAGAAGCAGAGGAAGAUGAUGGCUUUGGCCUCCAGAGAAGGCAGCACAGAGAACAUGUCUCCUAAAUCGCCCCCAUCUGUUACCCCAGUUAAACCUGUGAAGACCUGGUCGACAGCGGUACAGUCUUUUUCCUUUUCCUGUUCCUUCCGGGAUCUUUUGGUAGAGGAGGAGCGGCGUGGGAAACCCUCUUCAGUUUCCCCAGUGGCUGCUGCUGGACCUGCCAUCUGUGCCAAAAGAGUGACGUUUAAAUGUGCCGAGACCAGCAACCCAGAGAAAACAUCAAGCCCUUGGGUACUGCGGGCAUUGGGCAGCCCCCCCUCCACCUGUACUGUCACAUUCGCCACUAUAGUGGAGGAGGAGAGAAAACAGGAAGCCGCACUUAUUCGAAGCCGUGAGAAACCUCUAGCGCUCAUUCAGAUUGAAGAGCGAGCAAUUCAAGACCUGUUACUCCAUUACCAUGCCUCCUAUAAUCCGGAGGAGCUGAUAGUGGUGGAGAGAUCACCCCAAGGUCCAAUCGCCACUCCCACCUGGAACAAACACUGAUGCUAACACACCCCUGACAUCACGCUCGUUUAAAGCAGUUUUACGGUGUAUUGCAAGCCAAGUCCUGUUUUUCCUCACCUUAUUCUGUAGUAUGCAAGCUCAUUUUCAUUUGCUGCUUGCUGAUGUAAUUCUGUCUGCAUUUUUUUCAUGUGUAAUGCUGAUCUCUUAGAGGGGAAAUACAGAAAAGACUGGGCUAUGAGGUGGACUUAAUCAUGGUAAUCAGAGAGUACUUGCCAAAUAAUAUUUUUAUUUUCUUUACUAUGUAAUGUCAUGUUGAAAUAAUAUGCAUCUCACAGGUUGUGUGUGUAUCUGUAUGAGGUUCCUUAUAGAGACCAGGCAGAGAAAUAUAAAUGCUGUGCACAGCAAACUCCUCUCACACAUUGUAACAGUAUGAUGAAAAUUGAAUUAGCUGUAAAAAGCUAUGAAGAUUUUAUUCGGCUGCUCAUAAGGGCUGUUUGAAGGAGCUGGUUGGUUUUUUCCUGUGCACAACAAAAAACUCGACAAUGCCAUCUUUAUAAAAUAUGCUUAUUUUGGGUUUGAAUAUAGGGGUAGAUUUUUUUUGUCAUUGCCAGACUAUGAUUGGUACUACAUGCAAUAUUAUCAAUACAUUUUUGGAGUUCUUCUGUUCUUCAUUUUUGCUGAAUGUGGAUCUUUGCAGUGGCAUGCAAUAAAGAGUUGAAUGUGUGUA